CUUUCCGCCAACGACAGUGGAACCAUUCCAGUAUGCACCAAUCCGUUUGUCGGACACAUCACAGUCGACACGACCAUAAUCGCAGGUACAAUCUCGGACAUCCUUGAGUUCCGAUUCAGGGCAGCCAUCCCCGCAAGAAUUGGAACAUUCCGGCACGACAGUGAAAAGCUUGACGAGUUUACCGAGUAUUUUUUCCACGUAGCCAUAUUCAGUCAGUUCGGUGUCGGUCAGCUCGGUGUCGGGCACGGCAGGUGGCCCCCGGAUGAUUCUCUCGUGGUAUACAUUGCUGCAGGCAGUCUCACACCAUUUGGGGUUCUUCUCCUCCAGGACUU